AUGGCUUCCCCGAAGCCAGAAGAAGAGAAGCCGAUUGAGGAGAAGCACGAGAAUGCCGGCGGCGAAGAGGAGGUCAAUGACGAGGAGGAGAUUUCGGCGAUGAAGAAGCGCGUGGCCGAGAUGGAGGAGGAGGCUGACAAGCUUCGCGCGAUGCAGGAGAGCCUGGAACACCAGCAGCAGCAGCUGUCGGAGGACAAAGAGGAUGUUGACAGCCGCAGCAUUUUUGUUGGCAACGUUGACUACUCUGCCUCGCCUGAGGAGAUCCAGGCACAUUUCCAGAGCUGUGGCUCGAUAAACCGUGUCACUAUCCUGCUGGACAAAUUCACCGGCCAGCCCAAGGGAUAUGCCUACGUCGAAUUUACCGAGCCCAGCCUGGUUGCACAAGCCCUUGUGCUCAACGAGAGUGUCUUCAAGGGCCGGAACAUCAAGGUGGUCCCCAAAAGGACCAACCUGCCAGGCAUGUCUCGUGGUGGCCGUGGUGGAAGAGGUGGUUUCCGAGGUGGUCGUGGCUUCUACGGCGGGGGGGCUCGAGGUGGGUAUGCUCCUCGGGCCUCGUACCGUGGGGGCUAUCGUGGCCGCGGCCGGGGAGGGUAUAGCCCCUAUUAG